CGACUCUAAUGCGCAUGACGGGCUGCCGUUAGGCAGGGGCUCGUGAAUCGCCGUGAGUCAGGAAAUGAAUAAUUUGCGUGACAGCGCGUAACUCGGUGUUAAAAUCGUCGUUAAGACCUUAAAGGUUUUCGUGACACUCACGUGGGUCACCACGUGGAUAAGAUUUUAGAUUGAUUGAAUAACAAUUAAAAGAAAUAAAUUACAGCUCCGUAAGUCGUCGACGUUCAGCGCCAAUGUUUUGUUUUGAUGUUGGGAGACAGUGAAAGUUAUUGAUUAGCAUUGCAGGCAGGACGAAUUUUCAGUGACACCUGAUAUACACCCCCGGGCACAGGAUAAGUACCCAGGAGAAAGGGUUUAAUCAAACGAGUUCAGCCCUGACUCAUUAGUAGAGUGAAAAAUUAUUGAAAUAAUCUGGAAAAGAAAAAGAAAAAAAAGUCAAUAUGAAGUUGAUGUUAUUAUCAAACUGCAUGUUCCACUUCAGUUUGAGGCAGGGGACUAUUGUCAUCGCCAUAUCUCAAAUAUUCCUAUCAGGAUUUUGCAUGGCUGUCCUGGUACUGGCUUUGGCACAUGCUAUGGAGACCAGGGAAAUGGUCGCCAUUGACACUGAAGAUGCUCUGGAGCGUGAGGCUCUUGAGGAAAUAUCAUCAAAGCAUCUCAACACCAAGAGAAUGGAUAUGGGUCACCAUAAAGCCACGGAGGAACUUUAUUUGUUGUAUUGCGUCCUGGUGGUCACUGUUAUACACUUCAUAGCAACGGUUCUAUUGCUGUAUGGUGCAGCUAUGAAUAAUCGCCACUUCAUGGCACCAUGGAUAAUGGUGAAGAUGACUGAACUAGUUGCUGGUGUCAUAUCCUUGUUCUUGGUCCAAGAAAAUUGUCCGUUUAUAGCACUAAUAGGCGGAAAUGCCGGUGCACCAAAGCUUCUCCUCAAAAUCAUAUUAGGAGUGACGGUAUUCAUCGGCACCAUGGUGGGCCUAUACUUAUGGUUCGUGGUCUACAGUACGUACAAGAGUCUGGAGAUAAAAAAGGGCCUGACUCAUGAGAUUCACGACCCAAAAAAACGUCCAGCGACUCCAUUGCCUGAGAAUUCAAAGUUGCGCGCCAGCGGUACUCAGCCGUUUGAGGUUUAAAAGAAGGAAUCGUGAAGUCGCAAAGAAAUAUUUUUCAGAAUACAUAUAGCCUCGUCACGUGGUAAUUCUUCUGCAAAUGCAGGGACAUGACUAGAUGGAAAAUACUAAAUAAUAAAACGAGCGGCCUCGAAAUUUCAAAAGAAAUUUUUUAACCGAUCGACACAGAGGUUCGCGCUGAAGAGAGUUUCCGGUUGCGAGAAAAGAAAUAAGGAUAAUCGUUUUUAUUUGGUGUUUUUUCUAAAAAGAUUUUUAAUCGGAUGGAGGAUAUACAUAAAUGCCAAUGGAGCCAAUCAGUAGCGCGCCAGGAGGAAAAGAGUAUUUUAACGCUCUAUAAGUGAUAUUAUAAAACAUAUUAUAUGAAACAAGGUAUAUAAUAUAAUGAUGAGCCACUCGUAUAUUAUAUAUUCGUUGUUAAUCAUUGGUAGCAUAUCUAUGAGAUUUUGGAGAAUUACUUGAAAAGCAAAAAAAGGAGUUGAAGCGAAAGAAGGAAAAUGGAUGCAUGUUUCACAGUCACUGGAACUAAAUAAUUAAAGACAAUUCUACAGCUUCAAUGACCACGUAAAGCACGUAUAGAGCAGUUGAAUUAAAAAUCAGCCAAGCGUUUAAACAAUUGCAUAAACAUUACAUUUUUAUCAUUCAAGGUACACGGCCACAGAAUACAGAAUAAAAUUGCAGGCAGUCGUGUUAUACAAUAUUGCUGGAAUUUCAAGGAAAUACUUGCGAGUUACUUAACGUCGCUGUCCCGGGGAAAGACUGAAUUUAAAAAUAGUCUCUCAAUAUAGUCGAUUAGAGCUACAAGGUCAUUGAAUGACUUGCGUAUAAUAAUAGUAAUGGUAAUAAAUUAAAAAUCGUAUUAGGAGCACAAAACGAUUGACAUUCCCUCGCGUAAAUUUCCUCUUUUUAUUUCCUUAUCACGAAAUGAGCAUCCCCGUGAAAUUACAAUCCUAGCCUUUUCUCGUGGCGAUAUCUCGAUAUCCACUGUUAAAUAUAAUUACUUAAUUCUUGUGUAUAUGUAUAAUAAAUGUAUGGAAACUUAAGAAUAAAGCUUAUAAAGAACCUA